CUCUUUCUGUAUAAAUAAGAAGGAAACCGACAAAUACAAACAUUCAGAUACAGAAUCCUCAGCGAAAAUGGUUAAAUUCGUAAUUGUCGCCUUAAGUUUGAUCGCUGUUGCUGCCGCCGGUUCAGCAUAUGGCUACGAAAGCCGCCAUGAAGGUCACCAACACGGCGAACACGGCGAACACGGUGGGUCAGGAGGUCAUGACCAAGGAUUCGGAGUCGGCGUAGGUCAAGGAAGCGCUCAUGGUGGGGCAUCCACUCAUGAGCAAGGACUGGAGCACGGUGGGAGCCACGGAGGUGUCCACGGUGGAUCAGGAGGUCACAAGCAAGGAUUUGAACACGUCGGUGGUCAUGCCAGCGUGCAGCAUGGUGCAUCAGGGAGUCAUGAACAAGCAUCGGAGCACGGUGGUGGCCACGGAGGUAUCCAUGGUGGCUCAGGAGGUCACGAUCAAGGAUUCGAACAUGGCUACGAUCAUGGAAGUGCUCAUGGUGGAUCAUGGAAUCACGAGAAAGGACAAGGACACGGCAAUGUCCAUGGCGGUCAAUUCGGUCAACACGGUCACUAUUAAAUCGCAUUAAAAUGUUAUAAUAGAAGAUAAAUUUAA